AUGUCAGGAAAGAUGUGCAGCAGCAGCAGCAGCAGCAGCAGCAGUGUUAUUCAGGCACAAAAACUGGUGGAUCAACUUCGGGUGGAGGCAAGCAUGGAGAGAAUAAAGAUCUCCCUGACAGCAGCAGACUUGGUCCGGUACUGUCAGGACCACAGGCGCAGUGACCCUCUGCUCACCGGCAUCGCUGCCUCGUCCAAUCCUUUCAAAGAUAAGAAGAGCUGUGUGCUGCUUUGACAGUCCUGAGUAGAGACGCGCGACACAGGAACAGACUGCCAUACGGACGACUCCUGUCAGAGUACAACCACAGGUUUUAUACCGCCAAAUGUGAACAAGAUAAUCCUUCUUGUAUGGCAAUUAAUCUGCUACUUGGUUUACAUCUAUUGUAGGCCGCAACAGAUGUUUGCUGAGCUAAAGCAAACAUUGAAAGUUUGCUGAGUUACACAGAUUUUAUUUGAUUAAAUCCAUAGUUACAGAAACGAGAAAAUGACUCAUAUUAACGUUUCGUACUGCCGAGGAUCACAGAGGGUGCUGGUCUAAUCUGUGUAACGGAAGUUUGCUGAGCAAAAAGCAAACAUUAAGAGUUUGCUGAG